AUGGUCAAUAAUAUACUAUCAACAAAGAAACAGACACUAAAAGGUCCUGUAACUAAAUGGGAAAGAAAAUGGGUGUCUGUAGGUCAUCUAAAGUUAUUAAAAUGGAUUGCAUUGAAAAAGAAACCAAAUACACAAUCACAAGGAAGAUCAAAGGAUGGAUCAAGACUGACAUCUAAUACCGAUAGAUCAUCAAGACCAAAGAGAGGUUCAACAUCUACAACUACAGGUGCAUCUGAUGUAUGUAUCACUACUACUACUACUACUACUACUACUACUACUACUACUACUACUACUACUACUAAUACUACUACAACGAUGAAGCCUGGAAACCAAAUUGAAACAGAGAUUGAAAUGUUAUAUUUAUUACCAAAGACAAGAAGAACUGCAAAGAAAAUAGAUACUCUAAAGAAACAACAGGCAGCUCAACAGCAAGCAGCUCAACAACAACAAGCGGCACAACAACAACAACAACAACAACAAGCAGCUCAACAACAACAACAACAACAACAGCAACAAAAAGAAGAAACUUCAACCACAAGUACUACAUCUACGCCAAGCAGCAGCGCAAUUGAAAAACCGGUACUCAAGAAAAAGAUUACAUUUAAUAAUAGUAAAUCAACAGCAUCCUCUCAAUCAUCGCCACUCUCACCACCUCCUCCUACAUCAACAAUUUCCACAUCAUCGUUUGGUAGUACUACACCAAGCGAUCAAAUAUCUACAACAAACAACAACAGCAGCAGCAGCAACAGCAAUACUAGUAUUUCCUCAUUUGAACAACAAAAGAUGGUCGAUGACGAUGAAAAGAUGAAUACCUCUAGAAAUGACGAAGAUGAAGAACAAAUUGAUAAUGAUGACAAUGAUGAACAAGAUUAUGAAGACGAUGCAUAA